UUCAACAGUAUCACUAUGAUUGUGGAAAAUGCCCCUCUGAUAUUCUCGAUUUGUCACCAUACAUCACAACUAAAGAUAACUCCUUCCUAAAUAAAUUUAAAAAUCUUGAUAUGUCCAAAAUGCAAUGUGCAGAAUGUAGCAACAGUCCGGCUUGUAACGCUGAUACAUAUUUUGAGAAACAAAUGUUUUGUUGGGUGAAGGAUGUUAAAAAGUGGACACCAAACAAAGGGAGGAGGGUUUGUGGAGAAUCGUGUUUUAUUGGAGUUGAUCAGAUUGAAAUGAGUAAAUUUUUAUACUUAUAUUUGAAUGAAAAGGCACAAAUAGUCAGGCCUUAA